CUUUCGAGAAUUUGUUCCAACGGACUGUUUUUGUGGAGCACCGCGGCGGCGCUCCGGCGGACUUUUUGAUUUCAGUUGUGUUCGUUGUUGCUCAACGGACAGAAAAUGUUUACACUCAGCCACGAAAACAUUUAAAUCAACGGCGACGCUUGUUUUCGCUCCUCCGCUUCCUCAGCUUUGACACACGUUGUUAAAUAUUGUUCAUGAACUCGUGUCAACAGUCAAACUGAUGUCAUGUUAAUCAACGUCCACCUACUCACGAGUUUGUCAGAAACUGUGCGGCUUCUUCAGUAUGAGCGGCUCGGGUCCUCCCCCGAAAAAGAAGAGCUACAUGGGGCAGCACCAGAUCAAGAAGAAGAGAGGCCUCCAAGCUCCUGAUGAGCCACCAGAAGGAGACACCAGCUGUCUGUCGGACAGAACGAACAGAUUAGAGAAGAUCAACAAAGACAGCCCCAUGGGUGGAGGAGCAGUGUUUCCACUGGGUGAAUCCACAUUAGCUCUCGAUGAAGAGAUGCUGCAGGUGUUGGACGCUGUCGAUGUUAUAAAGCCUGCAGCAGAUGAUGCUUUACCUCCAGCAGUAGACAGAUGUGCACAGGAGGAGCCGGCUUCGUCAUCAUCAUCAUCAUCAGCUGCCUUUGCCAGGCCUGUUGCACUGGCUGCAGACAGUAAAAGGGAGAGUGACAGAGCGCUUUGUAAGAGACCGGGAUGGAGAGCUGACUGCAAAGACCUUGCUCAGAGGCUCCUCUUCAGCGAGGACCUGGAGGAAGUGGAGCAUGCUCCGAGGGUUGCAGAAAGCAUUGAAGCAUCACAAGCUUCUGCCUCCAUCGGUGAGCUUAAACAAGAUAAGCCUGUAGGCAGCUCCACCAAGCCGAAAGCUACAUCCAGAGGAAAGAGCAGAGACAAAAGUGGGACAGACAUGAAGCCUGACCCACCACUGGAUGUAUCCAGGGACUACAUCAUGUUCAGCCCCACCCGCCUCGCAGCGGCCAUGAAGAAGGCCAAACUCCAGCAGUCAUUGCAGAAUCAGUCCGCCUCUGUGCUCACGGUCCCCAGCGGCUUAGACAUCAGCACUCUCAAUGACACUUUACCUCAGCCAGGCAUUGCUUUGCAUGCUCCCGCUGGUCAAGCUGAAAAGCUGCUGUUAUCCAGCUGGGGCUUACCAAAACCUGUCCUGGAGCGCUACCAUAAACACAGAGUGACUCACAUGUUUGAGUGGCAGGCUCAGUGCCUCACUGUUGGACAGGUGCUGCAGGGAGGUAACCUGGUAUACUCUGCCCCCACCAGUGCUGGAAAAACUCUGGUGUCGGAGCUGCUGAUGCUGAAGCGUGUGUUGGAGACUAAAAGAAAAGCUCUCUUUAUUCUGCCGUUUGUCUCUGUGGCCAAAGAGAAGAUGCACUACCUUCAGAGCGUAUUCGAAGAGGCAGGCGUUCGUGUGGAGGGAUACAUGGGCAGCACCUCGGCUGCUGGAGGCUUCAAAUCGCUGGAUGUGGCUGUUUGUACCAUAGAAAAAGCCAAUUCUCUCAUUAACAGACUCAUUGAAGAAGACAGCAUGGCUCUACUAGGUAUGGUGGUGGUGGAUGAGUUACAUAUGGUUGGAGAUUCUGGGAGAGGAUACCUGCUAGAGCUGCUCUUAACCAAAGUCCGCUACAUUGCACAGAAGCAAAACACCACUGGGUCUCUCUCUGAGGGUGUACAGAUCAUAGGUAUGAGCGCUACCUUGCCUAACCUCUCCCUCCUGGCUAGCUGGUUAGGCGCAGAGCUCUACCAGACAGACUACAGACCUGUGCCCCUGCACGAGCACCUCAAGGUGGGCUGCAACAUCUACGACAAGAGCCUCUCUGUGGUCCGGCAGUUCACUCCUGCACUCUAUGUUAAGGGUGAUGAUGACCACAUAGUGAGCUUGUGCUAUGAGACGGUGAGAGACGGCUGCUCGGUGUUGCUGUUCUGCCCCUCGAAGAACUGGUGCGAAAAACUAGCAGACAGCAUCGCCAGAGAGUUCUACAACCUCAGACACGCCGAUCGUCAUGGCGAAGCAGAGCCUCAGCCAGUGAGUCUGGAUCAGGAGGGACUAGUGGAGGUUGUAGCCCAGUUGAGACGGACUCCUGCCGGGUUAGACCCCAUCCUCCAGCGGACUGUGCCAUGGGGGGUGGCCUUCCACCAUGCUGGUCUGACGUUUGAUGAGCGAGAUGUGCUGGAAGGGGCCUUUCGUCAGAGCAUGGUCCGAGUCCUGGCUGCUACCUCCACGCUGUCUUCAGGGGUUAAUCUGCCGGCUCGCAGGGUCAUCAUUCGAACCCCCACCUUCAAUGGACACUUGCUGGACGCGCUCACAUACAAACAGAUGGCUGGACGAGCUGGGAGAAAAGGGGUUGACACGACAGGUGAAAGUGUGCUGGUGUGUAAGGAGGCCGAGCGUCAGAAAGGUAUAAGUCUCCUUAAGGGGUCUCUUCAGCCAAUCAGCAGCUGCCUGGUGAGACGGGAGGGAGAGGGCGUCACCACCAGCAUGCUGCGAGCCAUCCUAGAGAUCAUUGUUGGAGGUGUAGCCAGCACGCCGCAGGAUGUGAGGUUGUAUGCAUCGUGCUCACUGCUAGCUGCCAGCAUGAAAUGUGAAAGCAAGAAAGAAUCAAAUGAAGAGACCAACAAAGGAGCUAUUGAGGCCUGUGUUGAAUGGCUGAUGGACAAUGAAUUCAUCAGCAUCCAGAAGGAGGGACAAGAGGAGCAAUACUGUCCGACUCAACUUGGUGCUGCCACCCUUUCCUCCUCCCUCUCCCCUCCCGAGGCUCUGGGAGUAUUUGCAGAUCUCCAGCGGGCCAUGAAGGGCUUUGUCCUGGAGAAUGACUUGCACAUUCUGUAUCUGAUCACCCCGUUGUACGCAGAGUGGACUACGAUAGACUGGUAUCAGUUCUUCUGUCAGUGGGAACAGCUCUCGUCGUCGAUGAAGAGAGUAGCGGAGCUGGUGGGCGUCCAGGAGGGUUUUCUCGCGCGAUCUGUCAGCUGCAAAGUUGUCGCCAAGACAGAGAAGCAGCGUCGACAGAUGGCUAUUCAUAAACGGUUUUUCACCACCCUUGUGCUACAAGAUCUGGUGAAUGAGGUGCCUUUGGGAACAGUGGCGUCCAAAUACAACUGCAGUCGUGGGCAGUUACAGUCUCUCCAGCAGUCUGCUUCUACAUAUGCAGGUAUGGUCACAGUGUUCUGCAAGCGUCUGGGCUGGCACAACAUGGAGCUGCUGUUGUCCCAGUACCAAACCAGGCUGAGCUUUGGAGUCCAGAGGGAGCUGGUCGACCUCGUCAGGGUCUCCCUCCUGAACGCAACACGAGCCAGAACACUGUAUGCGCAAGGUCUCUGUACUGUUGCUGAACUAGCCAGGGCUACUGUAGCUGAUGUGGAGAAAGCCUUGAGGAACGCUGUCCCAUUUAAGAGCUCUAAGCGCGCAGUGGAUGAGAGUGAGGGGGAGGCGGCGGAGAGACGGAGCCUCCGAUGCGUCUGGGUCACCGGUGGUCGGGCCCUGACGGAACAGGAAGCCGCUGUUGAGAUUGUGUCUGAGGCACGACUGCUCCUUCAGGAAGACCUGGCUCAGUUAGGGAUCCAGUGGGACCCGACUACUCUUCCUCCCGAGGCUCCUGCUGCGAACAGCGCCGAUGACAAUCACAGCAGCGACUUGGACACCUCAUUGGAAUCACAUCUCAGCUCUCAGAAAGCGCAGGUGGACAGGAUUAAAGAUCACCAAGAAAAAGACAGGGUCAAGAGAGGUGAGAGUGGUGAUAUCGUCAGACGUGGAAAGGAGAAUAAGGAACAUGAGAAAGCAAGAGGAGAAGACAACAAGAGAAAGCAAGGGAAGUGCAAGCCUAAGGAAAAGAUAGGGGAUAGAAAAACAGAAGAGAGCAGAGGGGAAGACAGGACAGAAAUCAGACAAACAGUCAAUGAAGUGCUAGAGGAAAGAAGCAAGGAAACAAAAAAAGCUGGUACAAAUAAGAAAAUGGCAAAAGAUACAGAAGUUCUAAGUGAAAAAAGAGAAGCACAAAAGCACAUAAGCUCAAAGCAAGAAGAGGAGACGAGUAAAGGGAUCGGCUCCAUCAGACCAGAGAGUCAUCAAGGGAAUUGCUCUGUUCCUGAACGGAGCCUGACACAGGAAUUGGCUGAGAUUGUAUCCAGCCCUCUACCUCCUCCGAUGCCACGUCCUCUGCCUCCUUCUUCCCCAGUGCCUCCCCCUCGGUUUAGAGCUCCGACAUCCAGAGUAGAGGAACAGCACGGUGUCUCUACACGGACAUCGAAAGCAGAUGUUACCCCAGGGCUUGCAGCUUCACCUGUGCAUCCCGGUAGACUGAAACACUCGAGAGCUUUAAGCAAAGUCCUCCAUUCGAUACAGACUGACAAAGGCCGACAAGAUAAUGUACAGAUUGCACACACACCACAUUCAAAACCCAGAGCAGUUCCAUCAGACCAAAGUCCAGCUGCUGACCGGGUGCCUUCAACUGUUCAAACUCCUGGCCCUGCACAAGAAAGCCUUCCUGGUGUUCCUGCAGCUACAAAUGCACAUAUGCUGGACUCCCCUGUGUCUGUUUCUCCUACCUCAGUUCCCUUAAACCCUCCUGAGGCCAAGCGAAGACGAAUGGACAGUGGAGAGGUCGAUAAGUUCUCAUCUCCUGAGCUGUACGCUGGAGACGAAGAAGCAGAGAGAGAUCCCAAAAAAGGAGAGGAGACUUUUGGUGACAGCUUUGAACUGGACACUCAGACAGAAAGAAUCAUUGUUCAACAGACAUCUGCACACAGUGAUGGGAAUGACAGAGGUAUGAAUCAGUUGGCAGAAACAGAAAACAUUAGAGAGGAGGAAAUACUAAAAGCGGCUGUCGAGCUGGACAAUGACGCAAAUGAGGGAAGCAGCAGGCCUGAAGGUCCUGACAAUGUGUGUCCCAGAUUCAAUAUUUCUCUCACAGAUAGUCAGAUGGAGCUCAUCCUUAACACCAGCCACCAGAUUUUUCCUGAUCCAGUUGGUUAUAAUGUAGUGGAUGACAAAGACAAAGGUGGCGAUGAGAACGAGGCCCUCGGUGCUGACGAGGCUGCCUCUGAGAGUGUGAACAGAAGCAGCAGCUUCCUGUUUGACAGCCUGUGUGACAGCUCUCUGCUGGCUGGUCUGAGCCCGCGCCAGAUCCCCGACCAAUCAGACGAAGAGGAAUCGGUCACCCGGGAGAUUGGAGAGAAGCGCCCUCUCCCGUCAACCCAGGAGCGAAGACGCAGCGAGCUUCUCGCCAAUCAGGAGGCGGAGUGGCAGGAGGCGAUCCAAUGGGGAGAGUCCUCUUUCAACCUGUCAGAGUGGGGCGACUCGCUGCUGGUGGGUGAACACUUUCUGGAGAGGCAGAGUAGAGGCAGGGAAGCCAGUCUUCAUGAAGCUCUGCAAACCGACACAGAUCAGGUUCUGCCUGAGGAGCAGCUGUCCCAGUCCCAAGCUAAAUCUGGUGGAACACAGCCACAACCCACCACCACAACUACUACCACGACUCAAAAAGAUAAUGACGAGGAUAAAUCCAUGAUUAACCGAGGCAAUAAACAUGAAAUUAAAGCGAAUAAUAAUGCCCAAAAUGACAGUCAGCCAGAUGGAAUACAGGAAACAAAGAAUGAAAAAUGUGAAAAUAGAAAGCAAGAGGAGAAAAAAAUAAUUAAAAUAUCAGAUAAUGUCUUUUUAAAACACCCACAAGUCCAAGAUGUACCUGAAAGCACUUUUUCCUGCAGCCCUGGCUUACAAGAGAUCUUUGACCGCUGGCCUAGUAUGUCUGACCAGACCUGGCAAAACACCACAACAGGCCACACAACCAAUCAUACGCAUGCUGCAAAUACAGCACAAGUUUCAGAUCUACCUCAGUCCUCAAUACAGACAAGAAUAAGGGCAAAGCCAAAUGAGCAGGUGGCUGCUGCUGAGAGUGAUCCUCCAGAGGAACAACCGUCAAGACACAACAGUGAGGAUGUAGCGGAGAGACCAGGCUCUGCUGGUGAUCUCAUUCCCCCAACUCAAGAGACGCCACCUGUCACUCCCAGAGUGAAACUGACCACCUCAUCUGUCCACUCGCCUCUUACUGUUCAGCCACUAAGCCAGUCGACUCCUUCAACCCUUCUGAGACAGAAACCAGCAGUCACAAACUGUUCUAACUCUCGCCCAGGACGCAGUGAUCAUCUAUCAAAAACUGACAGUAAACAGCCUAAUUCUUCAUCUGAUCACAGCCACAAACAGCAUCAGGGGCCGAUCCCAGAGACUCAUCCUGUCUCUCAGUCAAGUUCAAAAACAAAGCCCCAGUAUCUCAGGCCUCCCCAAGACCCUGCCUCUCCAUCCUCCCCCCGGCAGGAGCCUCCCUCUGAUGUAGAAUCACCCGUGACUGAUGAAGGCUUCACUCUGCAGCUGUCUCAGGACGCAUCACUCUGUUCCAGCAACUCUGGGAGCUUCUCCAUCAUAGAUGUUGCGAGUGACAGGUGCCUCUUCAACACUUUCAUUAAUGAGUGGAAAACAAAGGAGCGUUACUCUCUGGCUUUAGCCUGUGAGAAGAGGGAGCCCAGACACAUGGCUGAGGAGGAAAUAGGAGGGAAACAUAAGAGAGCGUCAGCACUUCAUCAAAAGCUCCAGAGGGUCAACGGUUUUCCAGUAAGAGACAGUGAUGGACUGGUUUUAAUUGGACUGUCUGUCUGCUGGGGAGCCAGAGAUGCAUACUACGUGUCUCUGCAGCAGGAGCAGGGCGAAGGUUUGAGCGCCAGUCUGGCCCCUCCUCCACUGGAUGAGGAUUUGCCAGUGAGUGAGAGGCUGACGCAGGUGAAGACCUGUCUGAGCAGGCCAUCAGCGGGUCAUAGAAGAGGUGUGGUCGUCAUGUAUGACAUCAUCCAGGUGUACAAGAGGCUAGUCCUGGGCUGUGGCGUCAGCUUGGAGGGAAACUGUGAGGAUCCAAAGGUUGCGUGCUGGCUGCUGGACCCCGGCAGCGAGGAGAGGACUCUGCCCAACAUGGUGACCGUCUAUUGCCCUGACGAAUUACCUCUGCUGGACGGGCUUGGAAACGUGCACGCGCACUGUCCUCGCGUCAGGGCAGCAACCAAGAGUGUGCUUAUACUCGCUGUCAUGAACCAUCUCACAGGCCUGCUGGAGAAAGACGGCAUGCUCGACAUGUUCAGGAGCACUGAGAUGCCUUCCCAGGUGUGUUUGGCUCUGUUGGAGCUCAAUGGAGUGGGCUUCAGUGUGGAAGAAUGCGAACGACAAAAACACGUGAUGCAAGCCAAACUCACAGCGCUGGAAUCUCAGGCCUACGACCUCGCAGGACAUGGCUUCUCCCUCACCAGCGUCGACGACAUAGCGCAGGUGCUGUUUUUAGAGCUCCACCUGCCUCCAAAUGGCGAUGUCGGUGGAUCGAAAAGUAAGAAGACUCUCGGCUACACUAGGAGAGGCGGUGGCAGAGUGCGACUUGGAAAGCAGUUCAGCACCACCAAGGAUGUGCUGGAGAAGCUCCGCCCCCUGCACCCGCUGCCAGGUGUGAUUCUGGAGUGGAGGAGGAUUACUAACGCAUUGACUAAAGUGGUGUUCCCCCUGCAGAGAGAGAAGAAAUACCACACUGCACUGAGCAUGGACAGAAUAUACCCCAUCGCUCAGACACACACAGCCACAGGCAGAGUGAGCUUCACUGAGCCCAACAUACAGAACGUCCCCAAAGACUUUGAGAUUCAGAUGCCCACGGUGGUGGGUGAGAGUCCACCUUCACAGGACAGCCUGAUGACCACCAAGCCGGGAAAGGGGAGGCGUUCUGUGGUGCCUUCAGUGGCGGCAGGCAGUGCAGAAGGAGGCCAGGGCUUCUCUGUCAGCAUGAGACACGCCUUUGUACCUUUUUCAGGUGGGAUGAUACUGGCUGCGGAUUACUCUCAGCUCGAGCUGAGAGUGUUGGCUCACCUCUCCAAGGAUCAGCGCCUUUUGCAGGUGCUGAACGGAGGAGCGGACGUGUUCCGCUGCAUCGCUGCCGAGUGGAAAAGUGUCGACUCAGAGUCCGUGAACGACGGCCUCAGACAACAGGCAAAACAGAUUUGCUAUGGCAUCAUCUAUGGGAUGGGAGCCAAGUCUUUGGGGGAGCAAAUGGGGGUGGAGGAGAAUGACGCCGCCUGCUAUAUAGAGAGUUUCAAGGCCAGAUACAAAGGGAUUAAUGCUUUCCUCAGAGAAACUGUGAAGAACUGUAUAAAGAACGGUUAUGUUCAGACACUGAUGGGCCGCAGGAGAUACCUACCUGGGAUCACUAACAGCAACACGCACGUCAAAGCACAUGCAGAGCGUCAGGCGGUGAACACAACCGUGCAGGGUUCGGCGGCGGACAUUGUUAAACUUGCUACUGUGAACAUCCAGAAAAGACUACGAAAAACGUAUCCUGCAGCUCCUCUCUCUCACCAGCACACACACUCAGCCGGCAAUCAACGCAGGGCUGGGACGCCUCGACUCAGAGGAGCCUACUUUGUCCUUCAGCUGCACGAUGAGCUCAUUUAUGAAACAACAGAAGAAGACCUCAUACAGGUGGCUCAGAUAGUCAAGAGGGAGAUGGAGUCAGCAGUAAAACUGUAUGUGAAGCUUAAGGCCAAAGUCAAGGUGGGACCCAGCUGGGGCAACUUGCAGGACCUCGAUAUAUAAUGUGACUGUUUGGAUGAAAUGAAACACCAUGAACCUAUUCAGUAAAAUAUAUUUACAUACUGUCAUUUGUACUUAAGAUCAAUAUAUUUUUUAAUCACGACAUGAAAUGUAAGAUAACUCAGAGCUCUAAAUGAACUGUUGAAUGUAUUUAUUCUAUUUUCUGGUGUACAGUGUCAGAAAUUUGUCAUGAGAUUUUAUGCAAGAUGAUAUUCUGUUACAUAUUAACUUGAAAAGUUUGUUUUUCUCUAUUUAGAAAGAAAAUUAAUUUCAUUGUCAAUUACUGGUGGAUUUUUUUUCAAUUAACAAUUAACGCUAUUUAACCUAAAAAAAUAACAAAAUUGAAAAAAUGUCCAACCACAACUUCAAAAUCCUGAAGGUUAUGAGUGCAAAUGUCUUAUGUCUUUUAUGUCACAAAAACCCCAAAACCUGAAGAUUCUCAGUUUACAAUGAUGACAUACGAAAAGCAGCAAAUCCUCUCAUGCAAGAAGGAACUGGACAAUGUUUCAUAUUUUUUCCGCAAUGUUUUCUUUAAAAAAUGACAAACACGCUGUGAUGCACUUAAAUAAAGAGAGACAUGAAGCAGCUUCAGUCUAGAGGACAUCCUGAAAUCUCACAUUUUAUUGGACCAUUGGUUGAUUGGUUGUCUGUCACAAGAGCAUACAUAAUUAUCAUUGUCAGUCAUUAACACUGUUUUGUUUUACACUUAUGACAUUCACUGCACUAAAAGUGUUGUCAAUAUGAUAGACAUUUUCUGUGCCAAGUGAAACUAACCACCGCUGGUUAUGGGGAGAAAAAUAAAUGUCAUCCAGGGAG